AUGCCGAAGCCAGCCCCUCGGUACAACAUCGGUCUCCGCCCUGCCCCGAAGCGGCAGAACGUCGGCGGCCAGUUCCUCGCGACGCAGAAGCACUACGCUCGUGAGCUGUGGUACAAGCGGCAGUACUACUCCACCCGCCCGUUUGCGAUUCACAAGCACAUGGGCAGCACCCCACGUAUCCUACUCGACCGCACGCUGUGGCGCUCCUUCUGGGUCACCAAGUCGAAUCUGCCGGAUGUGAACCGCUGGGAGAAAGUGGUGAACAGCCAGCGUGUGACGGAGGAUCGCUGGGCGUUGGUGGAGGAGGACGGCGUCAUGUACCAGGUGAACUGGAAGAUGUACUGCGAGCGACUGGAGACGGAGCUGCAGAAGGCGCAGGAUCAGCUGCCGCAGUACAGCUUCAUGAUGAAGGCUGUCCCGUCUGCGUGGAAAAAGCUGGACAUUGAGCUGAGCGUGCUCCGCGGACUCUCAGUUCGCGAGGCCAUGGCGCAGUGCAAGCUAUCUCCGCGCAAGGGCCACAUGGCCGUCUUCCGGGCAUUAGAGCUGGCGCAGCAAGGGGCGGAGGGCAAAGGACUCGACAAGGAGCACCUGCGAAUCGCCUACAUCACCUGCAUGCCGGGGCCGACCGACAAGCAGGUGGAUAUUCGUAGUCGUGGCUACUAUGCUUGGAAGACAAAGAAGUCUUCUCACCUGCUUCUGACCCUUGCCGAGGAUCCGGAGAUGGUGCUGCCAGACCGCACGGCGAUCCCGUACGCGUCGCUCAUGACAAUGAAGCGGGCGGGGUUACGGACGGAACCGACUAUGCUGGACGUGCCUGCCAUCACUGCUGAGGGUAUCUAG